UCAGCGAGAGUACACCAGGUGCAACAACAUGUGUGUUGGUGUUUGUCGGGUGGCACGGUGGGGUCAGGUCAGGGGCUCGCUGCACUGAGGGGAAAACUACUUGCUUGUGCUUGCAGAUGCCGCGCAGGAAAUCCCCCUUUUUUGGAUGCCUACAUUCAUGGUCUCUUGAAAUACACGGAGCGAGGGUUCACUCUUUCCUCUUCUUCUCAAAGUCAGCGGUAAGAAACCGGCUGACCACGUCCAAUACAGUGUGUAAGUUUCUGACAGUGGAGCUGCAGGACGCUUUGGAGAAAACCGGUCGCUCCAAAGAAGUCCUGGAGGUCGGAGAUGUGCUGGACACAGGCAAGAGAAGAAGAAAAAUCAAAUACAACACGUCUGAAACUCGACUGACUGAGGCGAUAGACAACAUAUGUGAGCGAAUUCUGCAGUACAGUGUUCAUGCAGAGAGGCCCGGCAGCCUCCGAUAUGCCAAGGGCACCAGUCAAACCAUGACGACCCUGAAGAACCUGGUCCACAAGGGAGUUAAAGUGGACCUGGGCCUGCCGUUUGAGCUGUGGGAGGAACCCUCUGUGGAGGUGUCGGACAUGAAGAAACAGUGCGAGACGAUGCUGGAGCAGUACGAGGAGGUGGUGGAGGACUGGUACUUCCAUCAUCAGGACCAGAGGCUGGAGAACUUCCUCUGCGAGAACCACAUCCUCAAGACAUCGGAGCUCGAAUGUCUACAGGAGGUGUGGAAAGGAGACAUGGGGAACAAAGGAGCGGCCGCGGAGGGAACGAGCGGCAAAGAAGAGGAGGACGUGACAAAGACUCAUGAUGCUGGGGAAUUUUAAGGAAAACCUUUAAAAA